CAGCGAUACGUCAUCCAUCCUGAUAAUAGGUGGUAUCGGCUUUGGAAAUACUUUAUACUGGGAUGGGCUAUGUAUUCAUCCUUCUUCACACCCUUAGAGUUUGGCUUCUUUCGUGGACUUCCAGAUAAACUAUUCUGGCUUGACAUUGCUGGUCAGAUUGCAUUCCUUGUGGACAUAAGCAUUCACUUCUUUCUUGCUUACCGAGAUGAACAUACCUAUCGUGUAGUCUACAAUCCUAAAUCCAUUGCUAAAAGAUAUGUGAAGUCGGGUUUCAUCAUAGAUUUACUUGGUUGCCUUCCAUGGGAUGCUAUCUACAAGGCUUGUGGAUAUAAAGAAGAAGUGAGAUACCUGUUAUGGAUUCGUUUAAGCCGGGUCCGGAAAGUCACGGCUUUUUUCCAUAAGAUGGAAAAGGAUAUACGGAUAAAAUAUUUGUUUACACGUAUAGUGAAGCUCAUUGCUGUUGAGCUCUACUGUACACAUACGGCUGCCUGUAUUUUCUACUAUUUGGCGACGACUCUUCCUGAAUCCCAGGAGAGCUACACAUGGAUAGGGAGCUUAAAGCUUGGAGAUUACAGCUAUUCACAUUUCAGGGAAAUUGAUAUCUCAAAGCGUUACUUGCUAUCAUUAUAUUUUGCCAUAGUCACCAUGACCACUGUAGGUUAUGGAGAUAUACAUGCAGUCAAUACCAGGGAAAUGAUAUUCAUCAUGAUCUAUGUUUCUUUUGAUAUGAUUCUGGGAGCGUACCUGAUUGGUAACAUGACAGCACUGAUAGUGAAAGGAUCAAGGACAGAAAGAUUCAGGGAUAAGAUGAAGGAUCUGAUUCAAUAUAUGAACAGGAACAGGCUUGGAAGAGAUAUAAGGGACCAGAUUAAAGGACAUGUACGCCUACAAUAUGAAAGCAACUACACAGAAGCUUCUGUUCUCCAAGAUAUCCCAGUAUCGAUUCGUGCUAAGAUUUCACAAAGCUUGUACAAACCCUACAUCGAAAAUGUCCCUAUUUUUAAAGGAUGUUCUUCAGAAUUCAUUCAUCAGAUUGCGAUCAGGCUGCAAGAGGAGUUUUUUCUUCCUGGGGAAGUAGUCAUGGAACAAGGCAAUGCAGUAGAUCAACUUUAUUUCAUCUGCGAUGGUGUUCUGGAAGCUAUUGGGAUUGGUGAAGAUGGAACAGAGGAUACUAUUGUAAUGUUAGAGCCUAAUUGCUCUUUUGGAGACAUUUCCAUCCUUUGCAACAUUCCUCAGCCCUUCAGUGUACGCGUUUGUGAACUGUGCAGACUCUUAAGAAUUGAUAAGCAUCUCCUUUCAAAUGUCCUACAGAUAUAUUUUGUGGAUGGCCGGAGAGUCCUGAGGAACCUUCUCGAGGCUAAUGAAUCCAAUAUUCGUGUCAAGCAACUUGAGUCUGAUAUCACACUUCAUAUUGGAAAACAAGAAGCUGAGCUUGCGUUACGAGUAAAUAAUGCUGCUUUUAAUGGGGAUUUGAAUCACCUAAAGAGUUUGAUUCGAUCCGGGGCAGACCCCAGCAAGGCUGAUUAUGAUGGACGCACUCCUUUGCACCUUGCUGCAUCAGGAGGGUACGAAGAUAUCGUUUUAUUUCUUAUUCAAGAAGGUGUUAGCAUGAAUGUUUCAGAUAAAUUUGGGAACACAGCACUGUUGGAGGCUGUAAAGAAUGGAAAUGACAAAGUGGCUGCCUUACUCUUCAAAAAUGGAGCAAAUUUAAACAUUAUUGAUGCUGGCAGCAAACUUUGUGCUGCCGUUGCAAGGGGAGACUCAGAUUUUCUAAGGAGAGUUUUAUCUUAUGGUAUUGAUCCAAACUCAAAAGACUAUGAUCAUCGGACACCGCUUCAUAUAGCUGCUGCAGAGGGAAUAUUUUUGAUUGUGAAAAUUCUUCUAGAGAAUGGAGCAAGUGUUUUUGCUGAAGACAGAUGGGGAACUACACCAUUAGAUGAAGCACGAAAAAGCGGGAGCAUACCCUUGAUGAAGCUAAUGGAAGAAGCUAAAUCUGAAGAGCUGUCCAAGUUCCCUAGACAACGAGAUCAAGAAAUACAAGAUAAAAUGCAUCCACGGAAAUGCACAGUAUUCCCCUUUCACCCUUGGAACCCUGAAGAAAAGAAAAGAGAAGGCAUUGUUCUAUGGGUUCCACCAACAAUAGAGGAGCUAAUUCAAUCUGCUCAAGAGAAGCUCAAGUGCAUUGGCACAUCCAUUCUUUCAGCAGAUGGAGGAAAGAUACUUGAUGUAGACUUGAUUUCCGACAAUCAGAAACUUUAUCUGGUUACUGAACAAGAAACCACAACAUAAGUUACAGGAAUGAUUCUAUUCGUCUAUAUCCCUUUGAUCUCAAAAUACGUCUUUUUGAGGACAAAAGGUCCUUAACCAUAUGAUUAUCGGAAAAGAAAGAAUACAGAGGAUGUUUAUAUAUGGCAUAUCUUAAUAUUUAGAGAUACACAAGAAAACCAAAAUUCAGCAAGUCUUGUUGAAUAUGUAUAAUUUUUGUUGGAACAGUGGUUUGUACAUUGAAGUCGAUCUCAACAUACAUGUAGCUAGGGAGAAUGUAUUUUCCCUUGUAAGAAAAGCAUGUACAUUGUAUAUAAACAUCAUGAGUGGAAAUGAAAUUAAAGGUAUUGUUGGCAUUAUAGUAUCACAGAA